AUGAGCGAAGACGAGAAGGAAAAGACUGGAGUCCUGGGAGCCGAAACCGCUUGCGAUGCGAAGCCUUCGGAGGAUCCCGCGGAGCUUCCCGCGGAGCUUCCUGCGGAGCUUCCCGCGGAUCCGGAGAAGAGUGAAGAAGAGUAUGAAGAAGUGACCCCGGUGGCCAAAGAGGUCUACGAGCAGUUCUGCCAGAAGGAAGCGGAGUCGGAGAAGCUGUCCCCGAGGACCUUCCCCAAGCUGAGCUCAGCGGCGGAGGCCUUGGCCUCUGCGGCGGGCUUCGUGCGAUCUUCGAAGGAGCCCGACCAGAAAGACGAGCCUGCUUCCGAUGCAGCAGCAGCCACGGAGACGUCUGAAACUGCAGAAGCUGGCGUCGGAGCUGACGGGUCCUUUGCCAAGCUGACCUCGGCGGCAGCGUGGGCGUCCUCAGCUGCCGGCUUGUUUGCAUCUAGAAAGACCGAGGAGGUGAAAGCGAAGGAGCCCGACCAGAAAGACGAGCCUGCUUCCGAUGCAGCAGCAGCCACGGAGACGUCUGAAACUGCAGAAACUGGAGUCGGAGCUGACGGGUCCUUUGCCAAGCUGACCUCGGCGGCAGCGUGGGCGUCCUCAGCUGCCGGCUUGUUUGCAUCUAGAAAGACCGAGGAGGUGAAAGCGAAGGAGCCAGCGACGGAGCCAGCGACGGAGCCAGCGACGGAGCCAGCGACGACCGCAGACGAGGCUGGCGAUGCUACGGAACCUCGCGGCGACGGGUCCUUUGCCAAGCUGACCUCGGGAUUCGAGGCGUUCGCAUCAGCAGCGGGACUGUUCGGCAAAAAGACGGAGGCAACCGCCAAGGACCGGGACCAGAAAGAUGAGCCCGCUUCCGACGCAGCAGCCGAGACUUCAACUGAAUCAGGAGGAGGUGACAGUGGGUCUUUUUCCAAGCUGACCUCGGCGGCAGAAGCAUGGGCGUCCUCAGCUGCUGGCUUGUUUACAUCUAGAAAGACCGAGGAGGUGAAAACCAAGGAGCCAGCGGAGGAGAUCGACACGGAAGAAGAGGGCAACGGCAAAGCUGGCUGGAUCUAUGUGACCCCCGAGAUCCCGCCUACAGCGUCAGAUGCAGCGAAGGAGUCGGAAGAGCCGCCCGAGAAGCCGAGUGAGGAUGGAGAUGGCUCGACGGGGGCUGCCGCAGACACGUCCGGGCCGGCGACCUUCACGAAGUGGACGCAGGCCGCGGAGGUCUUGGCGAGCCAAGCGGCGGGGCUGUUCGUGAAGGAGAAGGGCAAAGAGGCGAGUUCGAGCCAGGACUCCAGCUGGGCCGGCGAGUGGGCGGCACAAGCGGCCACCUACUUGAGCCCCAAGCGUCAGGAAGGCAGCCAAGAGGCAACGCAGGAGGCGGCAACAGACUCACAGGACAGCAGCUGGGCCGAAAACUUGGCGGAGCGGGCGGCUGGGUAUUUGAGCCCCAAAUCGGACGCGCAGGAGAAGGAGACCGCCGAAGUGCCACCUGAAGAGAAGCGGGCGGAGGCCUCCGCAGGCACCUUCAGCUCCGCCUACACCUCGCUGCUCAGCGCCUCAGAGCUGUUGGCGUCGAAAGCCACAAAGCUGCUGAAGAGCGAGAAGGAGGAGGAUCCGGAGGACCGGAGAGUCGCAGACGAGCCAAUUGCAGAAGAGGAGAAGGAGAGGCGAAGGCUCCGUGCCACCAGCGGCAUCAUGGGGAGGUGCUGGCGCUGCGGUGUGGAGAUCCCCGCGGAGCUGGACGCAGUGGAAGCCCAUGAGGAGCUGUGCAGCCGGCCCAUGCAGCAGCUGCUGGAGGCCGCCGAGCUGCUGGCACCCUUUGAAGGCGAAGCGCAGGCUGCCGAAGAGGAAUUGAUUGCAGAGACGGCCGAGCAGGCAGAGGCUAUAGGUGUCGACGCGGUCUCCCCUCUGGCCGCGGAAGGCACAGAAGCCCCCGAUCCGUCCGGCUUGGCUUCGGACGCCGUAGAUGCGGAGCCGGGCGCUGAGCCGUCUUCCUUGCUGUCCUGGACAGCACCAGGAGGGUGA